AUGGCCAGCGCCACUACCGCACCCCCUACUGCACCUCCUACCGCACCCCCUACUGCACCUCCUACCGCACCUCCUACCGCACCUCCUACCGCACCUCCUACCGCGGUUCGCACCGCAGAGAUCUCCGACCAUCACAGUGUAUUCGACAGAACCAGGCACAAAAUCAAGUGCACUGGAGUUGGUAUCGUCGCCAAGAUUGCCGCCUAG